GUACCCUACUGGCCGUUCGGUUCGGGACUUCGGGUGAAUUAGAAGGCACCCGAGUGGCAGCUGACGGCUCGUCUUGGAAGUUGGAAGAUCCCAACUGCGGAGCGAUAUUUUCUUCUUCGCUCAGUUUCUUCCUCGGCAGCCGCAGCAAAAUGGACGAAGAGAAGGCACGGCACGAAGCCCUUAGGCUCCGAAACCUAGCAGAAGAGAAGUACAGAAGCAACAACCUCAAAUCCGCGCUAAAAUACGCGAAGAGAGCGCUCCGCCUCUCCCCGGACCUCGACGGCGUCUCCGAGAUGGUCACCACCUUCAAGAUCCUCCGCGUCGCCGGAAAAUCCUCCGGCGAAACACUCGACUGGUACAAAGUCCUUCAGGUCGAACCUUUCUCUCACAUCAACUCCAUCAAAAAGCAAUACAAGACGCUUGCCCUAACCCUCCACCCCGACAAAAACUCUUUCGUAGCGUCCGAAGAAGCGUUCAAGCUCGUCGGGGAAGCGUUUCGGUGCUUGUCGGAUAAGAUUCGGCGGAAGGAGUAUGAUCUCAAGCUUCGCAUUGCGAUGCAGUCUGCGGCCGCGGAGGUGGCAGGGGAGGCGGUGGAGACGUUCUGGACGGCGUGCUCAACGUGUCGGCUGUUGCAUCAGUUUGAGAGGAAAUAUGUGGGGCAUAACUUGAUGUGCCCUAGCUGUAAGAAGAGCUUCGUGGCUGUGGAGGUAUCUGAGGGUGAUGAAUCCGAGAGUGGCGAUAAGGGUGAUGCUAAUUUGUUUAGGACUAGGAGUGGGGUUAGUAAGGAUAAGAAGAGAGUGAGAAAUGUGGGUUUGAAGAGGAAAAUGGGCAGUGUUGUGGAGGUAUUGGAGAAGUCAAGGAGGGGCACAGUGGUAGGAGUUGUUGUGGAGAAGGAAUUGGAGAAGAGCAGUGGCAGGGGGAUUUCAGAGAAGUUGAGACCAGUUGGCGGAGAAAUGACGUUGGCGGAAAUGCAAGUGGAAGCAAAGCAGAAGGUGCAGCAAAAGAAGAUAAUGAAGUCAAAGGAGAAGGAGAAAGAAAGGGAGAGUAGAAGGGUGAAGGAGAGGGAGAAAUUAAAUGAAUCAAAAAAUAGGGUUUUAAAAGUUGAAAGAAGGAGCAAAUUGAGGGGUAUCAAUAUAGAAAUUCAGAGGCAAAGAAGUUCGAGAAGGGGGAAUUUAAAAACUGAUAGACUUCAGGGAUCGAAGAGGGGAGAUAGAGAGAUAAUGGCUGUGGAAGAUUCAGACUUCUAUGAUUUUGACAAGGAUAGAGUGGAGAGAAGUUUUAAGAGAGGGCAGAUAUGGGCAAUUUACGAUGAUGAUGAUGGAAUGCCAAGGCACUAUGGGUUGAUUGAAGAAGUUGUUUCAGUGAAGCCGUUUGAUGUGAAGAUGAGUUGGUUGGACCUUAAAAAUAAUGGGGAGCAAGGAUUGAUUUGUUGGGAGAAUUUGGGUUUUCACAUAUCUUGUGGGAUAUUCAAGGUUGCAAGGAAGACAUCCAUCAAUUAUGUGAAUAUCUUCUCGCAUAUUGUUGAGUGCGAAAGAGCAGCUAGAGAGGUGUACAAGAUUUAUCCUAAGAAGGGAUCAGUGUGGGCACUUUAUAAUGAAAUGGCUUUGGACAAAGUUGAAGGAGGGAACCCUUCAAUGGGAGACAGGCGGUGUUAUGACAUAGUUGUGUUUUUGACGAGUUACAGUGAGAUGUACGGGUUAAGCAUGGCAUACCUUGAGAAGGCUGAUGGCUUUAAGACAAUUUUUAAGAGGAAAGAGAUUGGGUGUCAUGCAAUUAGAUGGUUUGAGAAGGAUGAUGUACGAUUAUUUUCACAUCAAAUUCCUGCAAGAAAGCUCUCUGGGGAAGAGGUCCCUAAUCUCUCAAAAGACUGUUGGGAACUUGACCCUGCUUCACUUCCCCCGGAAUUGCAAACAAUCGGUUGGGGGAGAUGACAUUCAUUUGGGAAGGCGUGGUUUACUGUUUAUAUUUUCCCAUUCUAGUCAACAAGUUCUAACUAGAGUAUAUUCUCUAUCUACUUAAGCUACCUUGACAAGAUUUACAUGUGGAUCUGCCACUAGGAAAUGCAUGGAAACUAGCUGUGGCAGGUUUUUUCAUAAGCAUUUCUAUCAUCUUGAAUACCGUGUGUUUCUGCGACUUCCAAGGGUUAUUGUUUAAGUGAUGAUAUUUUAGGAAACCUAGUAUGAUAAAGUUCAAAAGGUUCAAAGAAAUGAAAGUCCAAGAUUACAAGUACCAUAAAGCUAUACUUCAUCAAUAAGGUGAUCAAAAGAAAAGCUCAAGAGGACUCUAAGAUGUCCAAAACAUGUGGAAGCUGAAAGAAUACUCAUGCUCAAGACAAAGAUAACUCAAAGCAAAGAAAUACAUGAAGACUUCAAACUUAAAGAGUUUUUAAGUCUUUAGGAAGUUUUAUGGUUAUUGGAUCGUUGUACCGAGCGUGGGGUAUCGCUUGGAGAGGGGGCUCCAACUUAAUUGAAGGAGGGAUUGUAACGGUUUGUUUCGCCCGUAAAGAAACGCUAUAGUGGAAUCCUUAGGUGGUAUUGCCCAAGGCGAGGACGUAUGUUAGGUUGAGGGACGACAUAAGGACUUCGUCAGUUGUGCAACAUACAUUGCCCUGGUACAGGUUUGAGUUGGACAUGCACAGGGAGCAAGAGUUCAUAUAGAGGUUGUACUCCAAUGAGGUUAUAGCCGACUUACUUGCCGAUUAUCACGUCGAGAAUGACUUAUGGGUAUCUCGAGUGCCACUCAUAUGCUUUUAUAUUGUGGAGUGGUAUCUCCCUGAUUGAGUUUUACGUUGGCUUGGCUAUCAACAGGGCAUUCCCGACCCCUUCUCGACAUCGGGGGUACAUGUACAUGUGUACAACCUCCAUGCAGUUGAUGGACACGGUCGAGCGGUGACCAAUUGGACGUCUUUCCACAGGAUGUAUGUGGAUGCAUGACAGCAUCAGAGAGAGCACAUCAUCCUAAUGAUGCUAGAGGAUGGUUUUUUGCAUUCGGAUGACCAAUACUUCAGGUGGUAUAGGUCCAUCACACGAUGCUUUGUGACCAGGAUCGCCGCUGUAUAUAUGAGCCUUGUAUGUAGACAUUAACUCACAUAUUGUAUUCUUGUUAUAUGGAUUUUAUGAUGUGAAUGUACUAACUAAAUUUUGUUCUAUACUGUAACAACCUGCUAUUUAACUAGGUUUUUAUUUAUUUAUUUAUUAUUUUAUACCA